AUGAACGUCGCAGGUCCGAGUCGACCGCUCUUCCAAGCUGCCCGGAGAUCCUGCGUGGGCUGCGCUAGGAGCUAUGUGGCCCGGCCUUACUCGACCGAGGGUUCGUCUACAGCUGCCCCGCUCGAGCCAGCGAGCAAGAAGCUCGUGAUACCUCGCGGAGAGCUCAAGGCACUACUGCCUACUAUGGAGGAUCUCGGAAUGAGACAGGGUGAUCAUGUGACGAUGGCGAUGUCUGGCGGAGUUGACUCUUCCGUGGCACUCCGGAUACUGAAAGACAUGCCCGUCAGCCUCAAUGUCCUCUUUAUGCGGAACUGGGAUCCCCUCCUCUCCGAAUCCGCGCCGCCCUCCGACCCCUCAUCCAAAUCCAGCUCCUCCCUAGCCGAUCUCUCCUACUCCUCUGGCUCCAAGAAGGGGAAGGGCAAGUCCGUCUGCGCAUGGGAGAAGGACUGGGAGGAUGUCCGGCGAGUAUGCAAGCAUCUCGGUAUACCCGACAAGCGAGUCCGAAUGGUGGACUUCUCGAAAGAGUACUGGACAAGGGUUUUUGAGCCUUGUGUGGGCGUAUGGGAGGACGGGGGGACGCCUAAUCCGGAUGUGAUGUGUAAUAGUGAGAUCAAGUUUGGGGCUCUGCUAGACUAUAUCGCGGCGAAGGAGUCGAAGGAUCACCCUCGGCAUAUGCUGGCGACCGGUCACUACGCUCGGGUUUAUCACCAGCACGGGCUGGAGAAACACCGCCUGUUCCGCGCAAAGGAUAAGACGAAGGAUCAAUCUUACUAUCUCUCUGGUUUGAGCAAGGCUCAGAUAACACGGGCCGUACUUCCACUAGCAAAUAUAACGAAAGGCUGGACUCGGCGUCUUGCUCGGCACUGGGAGCUGCCCACCGCGGAACGAGCGGAAAGUAUGGGGGUGUGCUUCAUCGGAGAAAGAGAUAACUUUGGCGACUUCAUCACGCAGUAUACCACGCCAGCUGCCGGACCGCCAGGCAACAUCGUCACUCCCUCGGGCGAGAUUCUCGGCCCUCACAAUGGGUUGUGGCACUACACGAUAGGCCAGCGCGCGCGGCUGCCGAGCAGAGAAGAACGGUGGUUUGUCUCUCGGAAAGGAGUAGGGAAGGAGGGGAAAGACGUGAUGGUCGUGCCGGGCGCAUGGCAGAACGACGUCCCUCCCAAGGGCAUAUUAGCCGCCAACCUCGUCAGAGUACAGGUCAGACAUCGGAUGGAUGACGUCCCCGCAAGGGUGAGAAUAUCGGACGAUGGUUUGGGCAGUAUAGUAUGCGAGCCUGUCGACCUCAUACCGGCUGUCGCCCCAGGCCAGGUCCUCGCGCUGUACCGCAACGUCGAGUGCCUCGGGAGCGGCGUUAUUGCAUCCACGCGAUGCUUAGACGACCUGGACCCGGAGAAGCGGUCCGGACCGGGCUCGAAGACGUGGACAGGGAACCAAGGGGCAGAGGCGAGUCGGGUUGAGGAGGUCAAGGCGUGUAUGAAAGAGAAGACGGCGGAGCACAGGUCGGACAAGGAGGCAGCGGGGCUGGAGCAGAAGGAGGGAGGAUCUACUUAG